AUGGAAAGACAGAAUCAGGAGUACCAGCAACUGCUAGACAUCAAGAGCAGACUGGAGAUGGAGAUCGAAACAUACCGCCGCUUGCUGGAGGGAGAGUUUGGGUAGGUACUGGUGACAAUGGGGCACACAAUGGCACAAGCAGGCACAUUACAUUGGGGACUCUUCCCAGAUUAAAUCUUUGUACCACCUUUCAGAACUUGACACAUUGUUCUACACCAAUGUGCAACGAUCAAGUGCACAUCUUCUUUUUCAAUUAUAAUUAGAUAAACGCCCAAAACAUUGCAAGUUACACUGUAUAAAACUUCAGACUUUGCAGAAAUAAAAAAAAUAUAUUUAUCCAAAUGUUCAACACAAAACAGAUAGUUUCCCUAUCUAAAAUGUGAGAAUUUUUUUAAAAACAAAUAAACUAAAACAAAAAUACAAAGUUUUGCCUGAGUUAUAGUCUUUUUGUGUGUAAACAGUCCAAGACUCCAAGACAUAUUCUUACUUCUACUAAAAAGUCAGACCCGGGCUAUAUUUCACUGAUUUGCUUGACAUCUAAAUUCAAGUUUAACGUAUUCUUAAUGAUUCUUGAUGUUACAUAUAUAUUGUGCAUGUUUUUUCCCACAGGCAAUCUCAAUCUCAGUCUUCGUACUCCAGCUCAAGUUCAUCCGGCCAGUCAACUGCUGUGUCUUCCACCCAAGUUUCUACAACCCAGUCUUCAGCAGCCUCUGUAGAGUCUAAAAAAGGUAAGAAACAACAUUGUAUCUCCAGUCAGAUUAUAUAUAUAGUGAUGCUUUCAUGUUUGGCAUGCAAAUGAUAUUCGCACAAACACCCCUUUGCUCCCAAUGCUUCCCUUUGGAAAAGGGAUGAGUCUGCCCACUGCAGGGGAUUUGCGUCAUGACUAAUAACUUCAAGUGCUCUUUGCAUGGUCCUAGCAUCUUCUUCUCUCACGCUAUGUUGCCUGGGGACAUUUCUCUAGAGUCGGAGUACCAUGAUACCAGCGAAGAAUCCUCUAGAGUAGUGUUUGCCAAACAAGUCCAACAACACACGAUUUAUGUUUUUCAUUUUUUUUAUUACAAUGGUUUUAUUACAAAGUUGGUACUAUGUAAAUCGUAAUAAUAAUGGUAAUAGCCACAUCUUUCAUUCAUUAAUUUGAUCUAAUUAAAUCAAUUUAAUUCCAGAUCCAACAAAAACCAGAAAGGUAAAGACCAUCGUGGAGGAAGUGAUAGAUGGAAAGGUCGUAUCAUCCCAG